CGCUCAGACAAGUUCAGAGUCUUAAGCACACCUGCCACACGCUUCCCUCUUAGGACUAUUGCUGAUUCUCAUUGCUGCCCAAGUCUUUUCCCCUCUGAGUGGAUUUAUACUUUUUCGACACCAUCAUGUCAGAGCGAAGAAGGGAAGGAGAAGAAAGGAAGAAGAAGGAUAGGAAUGGGAGGAAAAAAGGUAAAAAGGAGCGCAAGGAACAAAACCGUGAUCUCACUCAAGGAGCUCCUACAAUAAAGCCUUUGCAGAGCCCAGUGGUAGUUGCAGAAGGAGCCCAGUUAACAGUGAAGUGUGAGGCCUCGGGUAAACCUCCCCUGUCCUAUAAGUGGUACAAAGAUGGCACCUUUCUGAAAGAGAGCAAAAAAGUCGGGAUCAGAGCCAGGAAGAAAAACUCCAAGGUCCAGAUUGCUAGUGCUCGGCUGGAGGACUCUGGGAAUUACAUGUGUGUAGUGGAGAACGACAGUGGGAGUAGCAACAGCACAAGCACCGUUCAUGUCCAAAGCAUAACCACAGCGUUACCAACAGGCUCAGGCCACGAAAGAAGAUGCAACGAGACAGAGAAGGGAUACUGUGUGAACAACGGCGAGUGUUACUUCAUCAGUGGUAUAAAUCAGCUCUCCUGCAAAUGUCCGAGUGGAUACUUCGGGCCGCGGUGCUUGCAACCGGAGCCCCUUCGGCUGCGCAUGCCCAAACCUAGUGAAAAGUCUCUUGGGAUUGAAUUUAUGGAGGCAGAGGAGCUCUAUCAGAAGAGAGUCCUGACAAUCACAGGCAUCUGUCUGACUCUGUUGGUAGUGGGCAUCGUAUGCGUGGUGGCCUACUGCAAAACCAACCUCCCCCCUAGGAAACAGAGGAAGAAGAUGCACAAUCACCUGAGGCAGAACAUGUGUCUGGAUCACCCCAAUCGCAGCCUGGCCAAUGGACCCAACCACCCAGGUCCCUGCCCUGAGGAGAUCCCCAUGGUGGAUUAUAUCUCAAAGAACGUCCCAGCCACCGAAAGAGUUAUGAGAAGCGGGAUGGAGGCGUCGUUUGUCGGCAGCCAUCAUUCUUCCAGAUCCCACAAUUCCUCCACCCGAGCCCACUCCUCCACACACAGACAUGACGAGAAGACGUGGAGCCUGGAGCGGACGGACAGCGUGCUGUCGGACUGUCCCUCGGGAGUGCUCUCGUCCUCUGUGGGCACCAGUAAGUGCAGCAGUCCGGCGUGUAUGGAGGCACGAGCGCGUCGUGCCACUCACUGCGGCUUCCCUGAGUCCCGCCGGCCACCAAUGCGCUAUGGAGACUCCUUUGACUCGCUCGACUCACCACACAGUGACAGGUACGUGUCAGCCUUGACCACGCCAGCGCGCUUGUCUCCAGUGGACUUCCAUUACUCACUGCCUCCACAGGUGCCUACCUUCCAGAUCACGUCUCCCAACGCCAACCACGCCAUGUCUCUGCCUCCAGCCGCCCGCUCCCCCUACCCACCCAAGGAGGACCAGCCGCUGCUUCUCUGCUACCAGCUGCCUCUGCACGAGGCCCAGCACCAUGAGCCCUACCAGCAGCGGAUACAACAGCAGCGGGCACGCUCCUACCUGCAGGACAGUGCAGGCAGCCUGCCUUCCAGUCCGUACCGGCGGGCCCAGGACGACGAUGAGUAUGAGAGCACGCAGGAGUUCCCGCCCUCACUGGAGCAACCAAAGAGAAGCAACGGACGCUGGCACAGGUCCAGACUGAAUGGGCACGUGGCACCGCAGGGCUACCGGCCGCCCCGGGACUUGGGUUCGCGCAGCUGCCUGUCGGACAGUGAGUCGGAGGAGGGCGAGGAGGGCGAGAGCACGCCCUUCCUCAGCAUGCAGAACAUAAACACACCCGAGCCCUCAGCCAUCUACAGGCCCGCGCUGCCCACACACACACGGACUUCCCACACACAGAGCAGACAUACACAGCAGCAGCACGCACACUCCAAACCGGACAGAGCUGCCCACUAAAGACACAGUCCACCUACCCACCUGCAAAAUCUGUAUACCUAUAGACCUGCACCUAUAAAAAAUAUUUUUUAUUUUAUAUAACUAACAGAUAUUCUAAACAAAUGAAAUAUUUAUUUUCAUUUUAGCAAAAAAAGUUGUCUACUAGUUAACAGCAAAGACUUUUUUUUAUAGGGAAAACUCUAUUUAUAUGUACAUUUUGAUUUACAGCGUAAAAGAGACGUGCCAAUUUUUUCACAACUUAAAGAAAUAGAAUAAUAUUGUGGUGCCUUUUGCUGUAUGCCGAUGCCAGAGGGCCAGUGGAGUUUUUGUAGCCUUUCUUAUAAGGACGCCUCAUUUUUUAUACGCACUCUUUCGUUGUCUCUUUUUUGGCCUUUUGUUUUCCUUAUCCUUGUGUUCUUUUGGGAGCUGACCCAACCAUUUGAGCAGUGACAUUUCCUCCCCCUUUCACAUCAUGCAAUAUAAACCGCUCUUAAGGUGUAUGUUUACAAGAAUAUAAUUCACAUGUUUAAUGAUUAUGUUGCUUUCCUAACAGAAACUUAAUGACAAAUGCAACUGGGACAGGGGCUCUUUUUUUUUCCCAAUGAAAAGGAAGGAAAGUAUGUGGUGUGCAUUCAGAUGUCCAACUGAGUGUGUGUAGAUGUGCUGCACACCAAUGUAAAGUGUGUGAGCAGAAGGAGGGAGAUGUCUAAUUUUCCAGACUAUUGUCUAUUUAUUAGACUUCUCACUACUGAAUCAAGGGUCACAAGCUCGUUAUGAUGUGAGAGGUAGAAACUCGUCCAGCUGUAGCAGAUGUGGAGGUUUUGUUGACGGUUUAGUCAUUGGAGAGCCUUCACACUCCAAUCCUCUCUUCCCAAACAGUACUGUUCCACUCUCUCUCAUUCUGUCCAUCCUGUCCUUCUAGUGAGACUGAUAUAGAGAUGUUUAAUAAGUCCAUUGAUGAAUUUUAGAGGUAAUGACUAAAGCAGAUCAUGACACAUUUCUUCCAUUACGAGAAACAUAAAAAAUAGGAAAAUAUCAUUCACAAGGUCUUUUUUUUCAAGAAUGAAAGAGAGAGUGGUGAACAGCCACGUAGUGUCUCAGGACAACCCCUUCUCACCCUUCCUCCCUCUAUCACAGGACUGAAGUAAAAGGAGAACCCUUGCAGGCUUAUGAAUGUAUAUGCUCCCUCUUCCAUCCCCAUACAUGCUGGGAAUCUCAUCAUAACACACACACAUGCACACACACAUACACACAAGACAAGACAAAUAGCUGUGAAACUUCCUUGGGGCCAUAAAAAUAUGCCAAAAUAUGCAAGCUUUAUAUUUUACCAUUUGUUUUCUGAACAAACCAUAGUGCAUUGUGUGAAAACUGUGACGCUUGAUUUGAGUUUGGUGUGCUUGAGUUGAGCUCCCCUUAAUUCCAACGAAUCAGACCACCAAACCAUGACACAUUACACACGACAGCCAUCUCCGAGUCCACACAAGACCAAACACCAGACAGCUCUAGUCCUGCAUGAGUCCGUCGUUCAGGACGUUCAUAACGUCGGUCAUCUUAUAGAAGUUCCUGAAUACUUACUCAUGCUAAAAUUGGCCAUGAUGUCUCUGGAAAGUAAAUCUGAAGAUUUCGAUGUCAAAUGUGAAGGAACACAUCAUUGGCAUAGACAAUUCAGGAAAUCCAGAGAAGGGAGGAAUGUAAUGACAACUAAAACAUUGUGAUUAGAUGAGCAAAGGGAAAGAAAAAAAAAAACGAUUUAAAAACUAGAUCCUUAAAUGUUUUUCUUGCUCCAUUGUGGUGGCAUAAAGAAAUAUAGAUACUACUAAACAUAUAAAUAUAAAUUUAUAAUUUUUUCUUGCACUUCAACGACCAGAGUUUGUCUUCUGUUUACUCCCUGCCCUGGUGUUUUGGAUCCUGUUUGUAUGUUUGAGAAAUGCAAAACCAGACAGUGCUUCUCUAGUUAGUUUUAAAUGUGAUAUAACUUUCCUCUUCCUCUUCCUUCUCCGCCUCUUCCUCCAAAAAAGCCCCACUAGACUAUGACAGUUAUGUUCCUACCGUUUCUUCCUUUUGCGUUUCCUCCUCGCUUGAGAAGUUUGAACACCUCUCCUCUGCAUGUCCUUGUGGUCAAGGUUAAAUGGGUGCAUGGUAAAAAGCAGCAGAUGAUUUUAUUUCCCUCCAAGUCAGUGAAAGUGUAUUUCAUUUAAUAUUCAGCAAUAAAAAAACAAGAGAAUCUUUCUCCCCCCCAUGUCAAUUCUUGGAAUAUGCUAGAAAAAAAAGAGAAAUACAUGCCAGGUUGUCUUAGAUUGUAAAAUAAAAAUUGAAUCCACGUCUUCACAUUGAAAAAAAAUAAUAAAUCCUUCGUAUCAUUUCAACUUGUGCGCAUAUAUGUGCAACGCUGCUGUGUGUGAUUUGUCCACGCGAUACUUUUACAACUACAGAUUUUACAGGACUGUUCAUUCGUUUACAGAUCACCAGUGUACUACUGUAGUAAUGGGAA